AUGGCUUCAUUCAAUAAAAUUACAUUCGUUACUUUAAUCACAUCAUUAUCAACAUUAAUUGUUGCUACACCACCAGCAUGUCUUUUAGCUUGUGUUGCUCAAGUUGAAAAAUCAGACGAUUCAAGUUCAGGAUUAAAUGAUUUAAGUUAUAUUUGUUCAAAUAAAUCAAAUGAUAUUAAAUCUUGUUUAGAUUCAAUUUGUCCAAAUGGUGAUGCUGAUUCUGCUAAAAAGGCUUUUGAUUCUUCUUGUUCUGGUUACAGUCAACAAUCAUCAUCAUCAAGUGCUUCUUCAUCAAGUGCUUCUUCAAGUGCUUCUUCAAGUGCUUCUUCAAGUGCUUCAGCUUCUUCAUCAGUUGCUGCUUCAUCAUCAUCAGCAAUUUCAGAAUCUUCAUCAGCUGCUCCAUCAUCAGGUUUAGAAUCAUCAUCAGCUGCUCCAAGUUCAUCAGCUCCAGCUCCAUCUUCUUCAUCAGAAGAAGUUGCUUCUUCAUCAGUUGUUGAAUCAUCAGAAUCAGGUUCAGGUUCAGCUUCAGGUUCAUCAGUAGCUGCUGAAUCAUCAACUAUUGAAACCUCAUCAGUUGCAGCUCAAGAAACCAGUGCUGCUGUUCCAUCAGUCUCUCAAACUAUUGCUGAAGGUUCAGGUUCAAACAAUAAUAUUGGAUUAGGUGCUUUGAUUGGUUUAGUUGGUGCUGCUUUGUUAUAA